UUCAAUGUUUGUUAGUAUAAAAUUACCAUCGGACAUACUCGAAUGUUAAAUUCAGUUAUUCCAUAGCAAAGUCUUGCGAAGUGACACGAGGGUGUAUUGUAAUUUGAACAGAUGUUUAUCAUUCUUUUUGAGAAUUACUAUAAAAAGAUAAACUGUUGUCGAUCGAAUAGAGAAUCAAGUUUCACUCUCAGUUUCCGUGCAUUUUCAUACAAAAACAAAUAUUAUAAAAAGAUAUUUUUUUGCAAUCAGAAAAAGUAAUGAGAUGUGAGAAAAAAUCGGCGAAACAAAUGCAACGUCGAAAAGGCUAGAUUUGUGGAUAAGUCCAUUAUAAUCUCACUCAAAUUUGAAAGAAAAGUUUAAUAUUUUUAAUGAAUUAUCGAUCUUACUAACUAUGUUGAGUAUCCAAGUGAUAACUAUUGUGUGCUUUGUAAUUUACAAUGAAAGGAAAUUUCCUUUUAAGGGGAAGCAAAAAUAACGAGAAAUAUUGUGGAACUUAGCGCAAAUAUAGUUAAUAUGUUAUACUUUACAAGGGAUAUGUGCGAUACGUGUUUUAAAUAAGGAUGUUUUUUUCCUGAACUGUUUGUAUCGAUGGCUAGAUUCUGCAUACAGUUCAAAAUAAUCAUCCAUAGUGAUUCAUCAAUUGAAGCAGCGUUAGAUACAAAUGAAUUUUGGCUAACACAAGAAGAAUAUGAAGCGAGUAUGAUUUGUGAGUGAUAUUCUUAUGUAUGUGUGAAACUUAUUAAAUAUGUAACAAAACAUUGGUAUUAUUCCCGGAAAAAUUGUGUUAAUCUGUGCCAAAUUUAUUACUAGACAUUCAUUACAAAAGUUAUUAAACCACCGGAAAAACUGGCAUAAACCAGAAUACUACGGAGUCAAUUUUAACUAUAGGGUAAUUGACGUCGAUUCAAGCGAAAUAAUCACAUAUUCACUCAUCUCUGUGAAAGCAAUAGGAGUAACCAUCAUCGCUGUAUUCAUUCAUCACCUGUCAAAUCUAGCUGACAUAAUGGACGAGGCCCUUGACAUGCCACCACCGAUACCGCCACCACCACCACCAUCGACAUCGUCCUCUUGUAAUAACUUAAAAAAAAUGGGCAUACCUGACACUCAAACAGACUUUAAUCAGUGGUUGCACGCCAUGAAAAUGGUUGCACGACUUCCAGGAGGAAUGCCAACAGAAUUUCGACGAAAGCUUUGGUUGGCUCUCUCUGAUCGGCACAUUCAAACACAAGGAAUAAAUUGGGAGGAAGAUGGCAAAAUAUAUCUUUGCGAACAAUGGGAUGAAGAUGAUGAGGAAUUAGGCAUUCAAAUUGUGAAGGAUUUGCAUCGAACAGGUUCAAGUUUAUGCUCAGGACCAUCCGGCAUUAUCAACCAAGCUAAAUUGAAGCGUGUUCUACUGGGAUACUCGAGAUUUAACCCGGUCGUAGGAUAUUGUCAAGGAUUCAACAUGCUCGGAGCCUUAAUUUUGCAAGUUAUGGAUAAAAACGAAUCUGAUUCGAUAAAAAUAAUGAUCCUCCUUAUUGAGGGAUUACUUCCACCUGGAUAUUUUUGUGGUUCGCUCGGGGGACUACAGGCAGACAUGGCAGUAUUUAGAGAUCUGUUAACUACCAAAUUACCUAAAUUGGCACGGCAUUUGCAAAAACUUCAGGGUCCUGAAGGAGCAUUUGAGCCACCUUUAACAAACGUAUUUACUAUGCAAUGGUUCCUAACAUUAUUUUGUACAUGCUUACCAAUUAAUUAUGUACUGCGAAUAUGGGAUCUCAUUCUGAUCGAAGGAAGUGAUGUUUUACUUCGGACCGCGUUGGCGAUAUGGGGAUUAUUAGAAAGUCGAAUCCUGGCAACGAAAACAGCAGAUGAUUUUUACUGUAAAAUGGGUGCCUUGUCGACAGAGCUUGUGAAUGGAAAUCUAAUAGACUGCAAUAGCCUUGUGCAACGAAUUGUCGACAUAGGUCCUAUUGCAGACUUACAAAGACUACGGGACAAACACCUGAAAAGCAUAACUCAGUUAAAGGAAUCUUCUAAUCUUAGGAUAUUCUAUUCAGACGAUGAAGGUGAGUCCGACGAAGACUCUCGUUUGGCAGUGACAGCAACCGCAUGGGGUUUUCGAUCAGGUCGAAGAGCAUCUCUAGGAAUUACGACAAACGUACGCAACAAUACUGACGGGAAGGAAAAAAUUAAUCUUGACAUUUCGUUAUUGAAAAAACAGUACGACAAACUUAGAGAACGUCAACGACAAGCACAUAUCAUCCUGACAUCAGCAGUAGUAAGACAACCGAGUCUCAGUUCAGAUUGCAGCAGCACUCUUCAAGUCAAUCAGUUAUUGAUGGGCAAAAAUGCCCUGAUCAGCAAUAAAGGUAAACGUUUGGGGCCUCCUCAGGGCUCAGUACCUCCCGUUCGAAUUUCGAAAGUUAGUAAACAGUCAAAAGCUGGAAUGCAGAAAACUCCCAAAACGACCGAAACAUUACAUUGGAAGGAUAUGGAUGAAAGACAACGUCGAGGUGGCAUACAAUGUAAUGAUAAGCAAACAGGCAUUAAGAAAUCAACACCACUGGAUGACCGUGACGGAACGAGACUAGAAUCUUCGAAAUUGAUAAAAUCCUCAAGUUCAUCGUCAGCAAUCAGUAAUUUAUCAGAAAUUCCGUCCUCCUCGAUAGGAAUCACUCGGUGCAGUGAGUCAUCAUCAUACAGUGAAGAAUCGAAUGAGGACUCAAGUACAGAUACAUCAUUGUGUGACGAUGAGAAUCAGUUAUUCAGUACUUCUUCGUUAGAAGCUUCUCCAAUGAAACAGCGGAUUACUCCUGAAAGUAUUAAAGAAGUGCCUGACGAAGAAAAUUUGGUUGUGAAAACUGACGAUGCACAAGGUUUUGAAUUCAUGCCAAUAGGAGAUACAAAACACAAAGAUUUUAUAUUGUCAGGUAUUGCCGAAGAAAUAGAUUGUGAACAACAUGGUAAAUCGUAUGAAGAAAAUCACUCUUUCGAUUCAGAAGUCGUCCAAACGAAAGAAAUUAUUGAUCUAUCUGGUGUACCUAGUAUUAAGGAUGACGAGUCACUUUCAAUAGCUAUUACUAGCACUAGUCAGUUAUCUCCGAUUCCUGAUAUAAUGCAUUAUGUCAACAUGUCCAUAAUAAGUCCAUUGAAUACACCGUCGUCUGUAUUGGACAUUUCAAAUUCUAAUGAGAUCAUAAGGGACAACAUAAGAAUUGAUGAGUCUCCUGCUACUGAUGCUAAAAUCAGUAAUGUGUUCAACGUAAAUGAAGAUGGCGUAACUAAUCAACUGUUCGAGCGAAUAAAUGCAACGGAAAGGCCUAAUAAAUUGGAUCUUAACCAAAUAAAAAAGUCAGAAAUUAACGAGUUCAUGGUGACUGUUACUGACAGCAAUUGUGAUAGUACGUUGAAGAUCGAAAAAAUAAAUUUUCAGAAUAGUUCUGAUGGAUCAUGUAUACCUUCGUCAAAUGAAAUGUCUUCACCAAUGGGAGAUUUACCACUUUUGCCGUUAAAUACGAAUAAUAAUAAUAAUAACAACACAAACCAAUCUGUUCCUUCAACAGAAUUUUCAAAACUAUCAACAGAAACUCCAAAACCUGUUUUCUCAACAGAAACUAACAAAAGCUGUGUCUAUGAGGUAAUCAAAACGCCAUCUCCGAAAGAUAAUUUAUCAAACUUCGAUAAAGUUACCAGUCGAGUAAAAUUUCUAAAAGAGAAAUCGUUUUCCAUGGAUGACCCUUCCAAAGGUAUAGAUCAAGAAGACGUAACCAAGCGAUCGGCAUCCGAAGGUUUAGUUUCGGCCGAUUUAAGUGCAUACAAAAGCAAAAAAAUGUCUGCCAUAAUACAAGAAAAUUCGCUUAUCCUGGAUCGAAUCUUUAGGAAAACAAAUUGCUUCGAAGAUAAUCAUUCGGAAGAAGUACUGGAAAGCAUUCAAAAUCAUGCAUCGUGUUCAAAUACCCAACAGUUUGUUAGUUGUCAUGCAGAUGACAAACUACUACUGGAUAUUGAUCCUGUUAGAGGUAGUUUUAUUAAUACAGAUCUACAUACUCUCGAUGGAGAAUUACUAAUAUCACCAAAGCAUGUUCAGUUAGACAAAUCGAUACCUGGGAGUUCUUUGGAAGAUCCGAAAAGUGAAUUGAAAAAUCAACGCCUUAUCGUCAGUUCGAGUAAGCUUGCAGAAGAGUUGCAAUAUGACAUCGAAGUGCAGCAAUCGGAAGCAGUUAAAUCUAACAGCUAUGAGAACUUAGUCUUAAACAAUAACUCAGAAAUUAAUAUAUCUAAAACAGACCUAGUGAUAAAACGCACCGAAGAACAGUUAGCUCGAUUCAAAGAAUCUGAAUUGACUUAUUAUGUCCGUAAAGAAAACUUCCGUGAAAUAGUCACUCCAGAGGAAGAAAAAGAAACUACUGAUUCCAUCAAGGAUUGCGACACUCAACAAUCUUUUCAAGAAGGUACUGUAUCUCUAGUUCCUAACAGAAUUGCAGUAGAUCAUUCUGCGUCUAAUACUACAGUGCAUCUAAUAACUGAUACAUCAGAAUUAGGUGCUUCAUCGCAAAUCAUCGAAAAUCAAGAGCUGUUUGAUACGAUAUCUCUUGAAGACGCUCCAAAUUCUUCGAAAUGCACAGAAAUUGACGCAUUAGUUAUGACCGGUUCCAAAACAGACGAACUGAUUAAAAAGACAGAGGAACAAUUAGCACGCUUUAGAAUCCACGACCGAAAUGUUCUGGAACGACUUGAAAAGCGACUAUCAUUGAUCGAUUUCAGAUCAGAUGAAGCAGUAAUUAAGGACGCAAUAUUCAAAGAGAUUGAGCGUAGAUCAUGUAGCAAAACGGAAGAAAUAAUUAAAAAAUCUGAAGAACAAAUGUCACGUCUAAAAAUUGAAAGUCCAUUUAUCGUUAAAAAAUCACCUACUCGACCAGUUAUAGAGGACCAAAUGAAAGGAGACGCUAAAUCGAUUAUGAGUUCUUCGAAAACAGAAGAAAUCAUCAAAAAGACAGAUGAGCAAUUAGCCAGGUUCAAGGCUGCUGCGGUGAGCAAUGCGGAGAAAAGAAAAAGUCGUUACGAAAUCAAUGAACUACUGCAGUUGAAGACUGAAUCUUUAGAAGUAGCCGAUCACUUUACGGGCAGUGAAAAGUUCGGGUUAGUUAGAAAUCAAGAGGAAGCAGAUGCUUUGAAAGUUGUACAAAUUCCGGAAGAAGUGCAAAAUUUUAGAACUGAUGAAAUAAUAAAACGAAUCGAGGAUGGAAAACUUAAGCUGGGUGAUGAUUAUAUAACCACCAUAAAAACAAUUGACUAUCUUAAACAGUCGAAUGCAAAUCUAUCUGCUACAUUAUCUUCUAUUGAAAGUUCGAUAAAAGCUAUUGAUGGAUUAUGUGACCGUGAUUGUGGCGUUCAAUCCGAUCGCAUUAACGAUACUAUAGAUAAUUUAGAAAAAUCCUUAAAACAAUAUGAUGACAUGCACGCCGAACCACCCUUGUUUAUGGUUCAUGAUUACUCGAAUAUCCAUGAAAGUCGUUGCAAACCAAUGACACCAAACAGGCCGAGUCGAUCACGCACGAGAAGAGAAUAUUCACCACGACGAAAAAAAGAGAAAGAUCGUGAAAGUAGAAGUAAUGUAAACUUACAAAAAGAUCAUAGUUGUGAACAUGCCGACACUCAGUCUAAAGAUAAACAAUCUCCAAAAACUUAUACCUUUCAUUCAUAUUACAGCACUUCACCCCCAAUUUCACCUAGAGUUAUUUCACCACCAAAACUGAUUCUAGAAUCUAUGCAAACCGCACGGCCUUCAUCGUUCAAAAGUUCUUCUCAUGAUCGAUACCAUAUACAGCAAGAUACCCAGUUGAUUAAAUUUGAUAAAUCGCCAUCUUCUCCAAUUAUUAAUAAGUCAUAUCUUGAAUCGUUGAAGCCAGCAGUUCCAGUAGCAUCAGGCCGCACCACGCGAUCAGCUGAAAACUCUCCACCGUUUUAUCCACAACUGGAAACAUUUCCGUCGGCGGUUCACAAUACGGUUGGAAUACAAAAUAGCCUAUUGCGACGUCACGUUGGAUUAGAUGGUGAACAAUCACAUAUAAAAAGCUGCGAAAAUAUACUAAUGCGAUUCGAUUACAAAAACAUAUCGGCGAUCGCGGCAAGCUUUCCCAUUUCCAGUGCUCUUUCGCCAUCACCAACGAAAUAUAGCAGUUUGGAUAUCAAACAUGAUGCUGCCCUCAAUUGUAGUCUGGCAAUGUCACCCAAUAAAACAAUAGAUUAAUUAUGUAAGUUAAGUUGAAUUGAAAAUGUUUUCUCUGUGAUACAUAACUAGCUGCUAUUACUUACGAUUUUUCAUGUUAUUCAGAUUUAAGGUUUGAUUAUUGUUAGGAGUAAGUUGUACCAUAUACUGUAUAAGUAAAAUUGCCUGAACAGCGGGACUAAGGGUUGUUAUACGAAACACUUUUUUGUAAACAUAAAGCAGCACAGUUAUCCCAUGUUUCAUUUUCAUUUAUUCCUAAAUAUUGAAUAUGUUGGACUAAUCUGAAGUCGAGUAAUAAAGUGAAUUGAUAUUUAGUAUACAAAGCGCUAUUCCGACUAUCACACGCGCGGUCAACUGAGGAGACUCCCAGAGUUUUGGGGAUCUUUUUGCCUAAUUCGGUGUUGAUCGAUGUGGUUAGAUUAAGACGUGUCUCUCUGUACAAUGUAUGUUUUCAAAUGUAAGAAAAUAGAAAUCCAUCAUAACGUGCUCCUUAGUGUAUCAGUUAGACUCCGUAAUGGCGUGGGAGAUGCCGCACGUUUCGAAUUAUAAAAAUAAAGGAACCAAUAAUAAAGCAAA